UAUGUGAAUUUUGUGAUGAGACCCCCUGAACCGCUUUAAGAGUGAAGUACCAGAGAGUAAUCAGCGUACAUAAGAAUGUAAACUGUACGAAAACUGUACAACUGAACAGAAACUGUACAACUGAACAGAAACUGUACAACUGAACAGAAACUGUACAAGUGAACAUCAUGCCACCAUUCUGCAAAAGUAACGAGAUGGAGGAUAGACUAGACAUAUACAACACUUCUGAGGAUGAACUGGCCGGCCUCGCCGUAUACAACGUAGUGGACUCCGCCGUAUCCCUCAAUACGCCGAAUAGGGCGGAGAAAUCACUGCCUAAAAACCUGAUCUUAAAACCGACAAAUGCCUUGCCGGAUAGUUCUACAAUAGGUGUUUGGGCCCGGGAAUUUGUAAAUCAAUGUUUAGGUGUUUGGGCCCAGGAAUAUAAUAUUUUAUGGUAUUGUAUGAACCUGGUUGCCUACCAGGAUGGAGAAGAUCUAUAUUUCCUGACAAUAAAACCGAUUCAGAAGGAUGAAGAACUCACGGUCUGGUAUUGCAAGGAGUUCGCCAGCAGGCUGGGAUAUCCUUCUACAGGUCAGCAGAUGAUGGAAAAGGUUAGAUCUAAACAACAACAGCAGCAAGAGCUUGAAGCAGCUAAACGAGCAGCUAUUGAACAGCUCCAGAAUGUUUAUGAGCAGCAAAACAAGAUUCUGCACGCUAGAGAGGACGAACUGAAGAGAAUUGAAAUCAAAGAAGAACCCGAAUCAUUCCGUCAAAACAUUAUCCCACCUCAGUAUAGAGGAGAUGUCUACGAGGCCCCUAAACGGUCCCCCUAUGAGGGACUGAAGGGGUCCCCUCAUGGAUCUGAAUCUGGAUAUAUGGGUUCCCCUCAAUCCUCUGGAUCUCCUGGAUACACUACAUCAGUAGAUUCUAUAGAUCAGGUCUUGGAUUUGACCAAUGUAAAGAAAAGAGCACUUUCUCCAGACUCCAAUCAGUCUUUAGAUAUAUUUAGGAAAAAUAAUGUUAGCUGCAAUUCUUAUAGAACUCAUAAAAUCAAAAUUCACAAAUCCUCUUCCAAUUCUUCAACCGGUUCAGGAUCUCCAGAGCACAGAAGAACACCGUCACCGCUGAGAAAGGAGGUACAUCAAGAGCACUCCUAUCUUCCGAAGGAGUUACCAGACCCCUACGCGCAUAUGCCCAACCCCGCCUUUAUUCUCAGUCGGAGGGACUCCAUAGAUGCAGUUAUCCAGGCCGAGCUUGCAGCAGAUAGAGAUUCAGAAGAUGAUAUUGGACCAGAGAUUUAUUACGCCCGGCAGAACUUGCAGAAUUACGCGCCAAAAAUAACGCGGGAAUUCAUGACUGCCCCCCAACAGCUAAUUCCAGCCCCUGCACCAUCUGUGAAAAGCCAAGUUAGCUAUUCCCUCUCCAAUGCCACUGCAAACAAUUCCAAUAUGUCGGCUCAUAAUUCCAAUAUGGCCGUCCAUAAUUCCAAUAUGGCCGUUAACACUACCAUCCAUUUGCCAGAGACAGCUUUGGUUCCUGAAUGUAAACAACAGACAAAUACUGGAAAUAUAAUCUCACAAAUGUUACAAAAUAAGAUUAAGGAGGAAGGAAGCCAAGGACAUAAAGCUCUGCCGUAUCCCUUGAAGAAAAAAGAUGGAAAGAUUGAAUACAAAUGUGAAACAUGUGACAAAGUAUUUGGACAAUUGAGUAACUUGAAAGUGCACUUGAGAACACACUCCGGGGAAAGACCGUUCAGGUGCCAGCUGUGUCCCAAGAGUUUUACCCAAUUAGCUCAUCUCCAGAAACAUCUUCUAGUCCAUACAGGCGAGAAGCCCCACUCAUGUAUGGAGUGUGGGAAACGGUUUAGCUCAACAUCAAACUUGAAAACACACAUGAGGUUGCACUCCGGCCAGAAACCAUAUGGUUGUGAUAAAUGCAGCGCACGAUUUACGCAGUUUGUUCAUCUGAAACUUCACAGGCGGUUACAUAACAAUGAGCGCCCGUUUGUUUGUAGUGCGUGCAACAAAUCAUACAUUUCCGCUUCCGGUCUUAGAACACACUGGAAGACGACAUCCUGUACUCCGACAGCGGAAGAAGAAGCGUUUACCGCCGAGCGGUCAAUAUUGUUCCUUCAGCAGUCAGAUCCACUUCUCCAGAAAUUUAAACUAGAACAGGUCGAGGAAGAGGAGGAGGAGGAGGAGGAGGAGGAACAUCUUGACCACCAUCACGCCUCCCCCGGACAUCAAUCCGACCACGGGAGCCUUGUCAUGGACAUCGACGCCAGUCCGAGGGGUUGGAGGGAGCGUAGUGAAUCUCCGCAUGGGAGAGUUAGUGUAGUACCUGCCGAUCAUCUCGAGCUAGCGGAUUCUAUGCUAGAUCAUCCAACCAUUGAUAUGUCAACCGAGGCCAUGCACGGUCACGGUCACAACCGGCACGUAGGUCACCGUGGUCACGAGACCAAUGAUAUAUCUUGUAACUGAAGUCCCACCGGCUAAUCACACUGCUAAAAUUCUGCUAAAAUUUCGCAUUUUUAUAUAUUUUCACAAUUAGAAUAGAAGGAAAAAAUCUUUAAACUUU